AUGGAGGCAACCAACAAGAAGGUGAUAGUGAUCCUGUUGGGAUUGAUGGUCGCAAUCGCCUGUUGCGCCGACGCGCAGACCAUAUGCAACAUGACCUAUGCAGACCUGAUGGCUUGCAAGCCCGCCGCGACGCCACCAAACCCACCGCCGCCAACGAGCGUGUGCUGCCAGGGUCUCUCGCACGCGGACUUGAAGUGCUUCUGCAAGUACAAGAACUCAACCAUCUUGCCCUCGAUCGGGGUUGACCCGAAGCUGGCGAUGCAGCUCCCCAGAAAGUGCAAGCUCCCCCAUCCGCCCACAUGCUGA